AUGAGCAAUGCUUCAAAAGGGAGCCUGAUAUGCCCCGAUACCUCCUUGAGCUUGCUGGAUCACUCUUCCUUUCACACAAUUUUUUUCUGGACCCACGACCAAAAGAAGCAUAAUAUGUAUCAGCACAACAUGUAUCAGCGCAAUCGUCAUUGGCAUCGCCGGCCGGGGCCGGAGAAGCCGUCGCCAGGUCCGGCAUUUGGAUCUCUACUAGAGUCCAUUAACAUUGCCGACCUCUCAAAACCAGCAUUGGCGUUCGUGUCGUCCGCCCAGGUGACCGAAUGCGAGCUCAUCGCCUCAUACAACUGGCUUGAUAGAGCGAAGCCUUCAAUCCUGAUCCCAGGUGCACCAGCCAAAUGGACGCCGCCUGCAGAAACUACCGCACUGCGGGAGGACAACGGUGUCUACUAUCGUGACAAGAAUGCCUCUCGAUACCCCACACAUCCAAUGGAACCGGCUAUCCAAGCUGUUCUGUCAAUGCAUCCAGACUCUCUCACUAGAAAGGUCAACCUUGUCGCCUGUGGAAGCACACUUGGCAACCUUCUCCGCUUUGUACAAGGCAAGGAACGGCCAUUUCGAAUGCUCGUGGAGGUGGUUGGGAGCACAGUCCACUUGAUCCGCAGGGAGAACUCGCCCACGGAAACAAUCGACGACGUCAGAGGCUACGGCCACACAUUUCCAGAGACUUAUACAAGCUGGGAUGUUGAUGUUCGUGGCUCGGCAUCUCAUCAGCGGGUCCUCCGGUAUGACUUUGGUGGUCUCAGCUGUCUCGUCCGCUAUGAAGGCGACGGCUACCUCAAGAACAAAUUGAUGUCGUCGUCAGGCUACGCAGAGCGUGAAGUUGGCACCGGAGAAGGCACUGUUGAGGAGCUCAUUGCCAGCCUGGGCGGCAACAAGGUGAGCCAAACAAGUCCUGGCUCUUCAUCCCAGUUGCAGAUGCAAUCGGGAGGGUUCAAGGUUCCUCAAUCGGCAAUGUUCGAUCUUAAGACGCGGUCCAGCCGGCGCAAAGGUCACGAUUUUCUAGGAGAGGAACUUCCACGUAUGUGGGUAGCGCAGAUUCCCAACUUCGUACUGGCAUAUCAUGACCGCGGAACCUUCAACGACAUCCAAAUCAUGGACGUGUCCACCAAGAUCAAGGAGUGGGAGAAGGAGAAGAAUGAAGAGCUCUCCCGGCUGGCAGCACUCCUUCAUCAUAUCGUCAAUCUUGUCCGUAUCCACGGCGGGAAGCUGGAGAUUAGUCGGCAAAGUCCUGAGAAACUAGAAUUCCGAGAGCAAACUCCCGGAUUGUCGGGGGUGUGUUCGGUAGACGUGAUGGCAAAAUGGGGGGCAUGGUUAGGAAGUACGGUGGCUAGUAGCGAGGACGAGGGCGAAUAUGAUUCUGAUGUGGGAGGGAGUGGGCUGGCUUGGAGUGAUGGCGAAGACGAAUCAGACGACUUCACUGCCUGCUCGCAAGAGUGUUCAUACUGCGGCCGCUGUGAGUAUUGA